UUCAGUUACUUGCAAAGGAUUGAGAGAAUGGGCGGCCUGCAACUGCCACCGCAAACUCUACACAGCAUCCAUGGCGGGAACCCUCUCGCCACCUUUCUCCCUUCUUCAACGUUAUUUCUCAAACCAACCUCACCUUUUCAUCCAUGCAGCUCUGCCCUCUCCACUGCAGAAGAGGUAGAGCUGUCUUCUCAAGGCUGUUCAAUAUUUUCUAAGAUAUUGCUGUGGAAGAAUUAUGCAGGUUGUACUCGAAGAAGAAUAGCCCUUUAUCCCAAUAUUUUUCCUGGUGGACACAGUUGUAUUAGAGGAGCAAGGGGUAUGCAGUUUAGUACAAGAAGUACACCAGCGCCAGUACAGCCUGUGACUGAGGAAUUGGUGGAGAAAAAGACUGACGAAAACCCUGUGAGUGGGGAUUCCAUACGCCGUCGGUUUCUCGAAUUCUAUGCUUCUCGGGGCCAUAAGGUUCUUCCAAGUUCUUCUCUUGUGCCAGAUGAUCCCACUGUUCUUUUGACAAUUGCAGGAAUGCUCCAAUUCAAGCCUAUAUUCCUUGGAAAGGCUCCUAGACAAGUACCUCGAGCUGCAACUGCUCAAAGGUGCAUCCGAACAAAUGAUGUGGAGAAUGUUGGCCGAACAGCCCGACAUCAUACAUUUUUUGAGAUGCUUGGGAAUUUCAGUUUUGGAGAUUACUUCAAGAAAGAAGCAAUUAAAUGGGCAUGGGAGCUUUCAACCAAGGAAUUUGGACUAUCGGCUGACAGAUUAUGGAUCAGUGUAUAUGAAGAUGAUGAUGAAGCUUUUGAAAUUUGGCAUGACGAGGUGGGUGUUCCAACUGAGCGUAUUAAGAGGAUGGGUGAAGAAGACAAUUUUUGGACCAGUGGAGUUACAGGUCCUUGUGGUCCAUGCUCUGAGCUCUAUUAUGAUUUCCAUCCAGAAAGGGGAUAUUUGGAUGUGGAUCUUGGGGAUGAUACUAGGUUUAUAGAAUUCUAUAAUCUAGUUUUCAUGCAGUACAAUAAAAUGGAUGAUGGAUCACUUGAACCUUUAAAACAAAAGAAUAUAGAUACUGGUCUUGGUCUGGAGCGUAUGGCUCGCAUCCUUCAAAAGGUUCCAAACAAUUACGAGACUGACUUGAUUUAUCCCAUUAUUGAAAAGGCCUCAGAACUGGCAAAUAUAUCAUAUGCUCUAGCUGAUGAUCACACGAAAAUGAACCUCAAAAUUAUAGGAGAUCAUUUGCGUGCAAUUGUAUAUCUCAUAUCGGAUGGAGUGCUUCCAUCAAACAUUGGUAGAGGCUACGUGGUCCGCAGGCUUAUUAGAAGGGCUGUUCGUACUGGAAGGUUGCUUGGGAUAAAGGGGGAUGGUAAAGAUAAUCUAGAAGGAGCAUGUUUACCAGCUAUUGCAGAGAAAGUAAUUGAAUUGAGCACUUAUAUUGAUUCAGAUGUGAAGACUAACACAUCCCGUAUUCUUGAGGAGUUGCAAAGGGAAGAACUUCGCUUUGUGCAGACACUGGAGAGAGGAGAAAAGCUACUUGACCAAAUGCUAGCAGAUGCAUUAUUAAUUGGUCAAAAAAAUGGAACUGUGCCUUGCUUAUCUGGCAAGGAUGUGUUUCUUUUGUAUGACACAUAUGGAUUUCCUGUUGAGAUAACAGAAGAAGUUGCUGAAGAACAUGGUGUCAAAAUAGAUACAGAUGGUUUUGAUAUUGAGAUGGAAAAACAAAGGCGCCAAUCUCAGGCUGCACACAAUGUCAUUAAGCUUUCAGUGGAAGAUGGAGAUCUUUCUGAAACUGUCUCUGAUACUGAAUUUCUAGGGUAUGACACCCUUUCCUCAAGAGCAGUCAUUGAAAGUCUUUUGGUAAAUGGGAAGCCAGUGAUACAGGUUGCUGAAGGAAGUGAAGUAGAAGUUUUGCUGGACAAAACACCAUUUUAUGCUGAAUCUGGUGGACAAAUUGGUGAUCAUGGUUUUAUAUAUGUUAAUGAAGGUGGAAACAAACCUAGAACUGUUGUAGAAAUAAAAGAUGUUCAAAAAUCUCUAGGGAAUGUAUUUGUGCACAAAGGCACUAUCAGACAGGGAGUUUUAGAGGUUGGUGGAGAAGUAGAAGCUUCAGUAGAUCCAAAAUUGAGACAGCGGGCUAAGGUUCAUCAUACUGCUACUCAUUUAUUACAAUCUGCACUCAAGAAAGUUAUUGGCCAGGAAACAUCACAAGCUGGUUCACUAGUGGAUUUUGAUCGUCUCAGGUUUGAUUUCAAUUUUCAUAGACCACUUCAGGACACUGAACUGGAAGAAAUUGAAGGAUUAAUAAAUUCAUGGAUUGGGGACUCAACACUUCUUCAAACCAAGGUGAUGCCCCUUACUGAUGCCAAAAAAGCUGGAGCUAUUGCCAUGUUUGGGGAAAAAUAUGGAGAGCAGGUAAGAGUUGUGGAGGUUCCAGGUGUGUCAAUGGAACUUUGUGGUGGAACCCAUGUCAGCAACACUUCUGAAAUACGGGCUUUCAAAAUAAUCUCAGAACAGGGAAUCGCAUCAGGAGUCAGGCGUAUAGAAGCUGUGGCUGGUGAAGCUUUCAUAGAAUACAUUAACGCUAGAGAUUCCCAGAUGAAACGUUUGUGCUCCACUCUCAAGGUGAAAGCUGAAGAAGUGACCGCCAGGGUAGAAAAUCUCCUAGAGGAGCUACGAAAUGCAAGAAAUGAAGUUUCAGCUUUGCGUGCAAAAGCAGCAGUAUACAAAGCAUCAGCUAUUGCAAGCAAGGCUUUCUUAGUGGGACCUUCAAAAAAAAUUAGGGUUCUAGUUGAGUCCAUGGAUAAUGUUGAUGCUGAUUCACUUAAGAGUGCAGCUGAAUAUCUGAUUGAUGCACUACAAGAUCCGGCAGCUGUGGUUUUGGGAUCCUGUCCGGAUGAAGGGAAGGUGAGUUUAGUUGCUGCAUUCACUCCAGGAGUUGUUGGUAUGGGUGUUCAGGCAGGAAAAUUUAUAGGGCCUAUAGCAAAGUUGUGCGGUGGAGGAGGUGGAGGCCGACCCAAUUUUGCUCAAGCAGGUGGUAGGAAACCUGAGAAUUUAUCAAGUGCCCUGGAAAAAGCUCGAGCAGAUCUUCUGUCAAUUCUAACUGAAAAGGCAAGCUGAAUAGUACUCUUAUUUUCAUUGAUGCCUGGUGAGAUUUCAUAAAGCUUUUCUUGCUUCUAAAAGCUUUGGGGGAUACUUCUAGGUUAGGCAUGCUUCCAUUUUUCAAACAUCCAAACAAAAAUAGCAAGCUUAUUGAAAUGCCUAAUCUUUUUAGUCAAAAUUAACGAAAGGAAAGAAGAAAGAGCUUUUAUGUUUGAUUUAAUGUACUUAGAUCUCUUUAUCAAAAUCAAAUACUUUGGACCCUUGAAAUUUAUAAUAUGAAAUUUAGUCCUUUAGGGACAAAUUAAAUGAAAACUACAGUUUUAAAAAAUGCUUUGGGCUUUUAAUAAAACUUAAAGGGUCAAAGCAUUUGACUUUGAAGAAGUAGGGAUUGAUGUGUGUUGGGCCACACCAAUAGGAUAUCGUUUGAGGAAAACUGGGGUGGGUUUGUGAAACGAUAGUUAUCCCUAAUGAAUGUAACUAAUGACGAACAAGGUUUGAUAGGUUUGUUCUAUACAAGAAUAACUACGCCUUAAUCCCAAGUUAGUUGGGUUGGUUACAUGGAUCUUUUUCUUCUAUUUUGUCCUAUAAUUUUUUAAGAUUAUUACUAGUUCAUGUCAAAUUGGAAUGCAUUUGAUACGUUCCUCAGUAACAGUAACUAUUUUUUUUGUUUAUUUUAUUUUAUUAUCAAGUGCUUUUGUCCCAUUGAUCUCUAUUAGUGUGGCAUUAAGGCUUUGUUUAAUAAAGAUGAAUUUUACCGAGUA